AUGCCGCAGCGACAAAAUCCUUCGAGGCUAUAUACCAAACACUACCGCUUUAUACCGCUUCAACCACUGUCAAAAUGGUCAAAUUCACCACCGCCGUCUCCCUUUAUCGCCCUCACCAUGGCCCCGGCCGCUCUUGCCAAAAACUGCAAGGGUAGCCUGAUGUACUGCGGACGCGGACUGCUCAACAAGGGCAACUACUAUGACCAAAUCAUCGAGGCUCUCCAGGGCUCUGGCCAGCCGAGUGAUUCUGCCCAUGUCAAUAACUCCUUGUUCUUUUGCAAGAGUGAUGGAAACAUCAUUUUCCAGGCCUUUUGCCGGACUAGCGGGUGCAUCAAUGGUGGUGCUUAUCACAGUGAUUACUGCUAG